AUGCGCUCCCACCAGCAGCCCGAGGGGUUGUGCGAUAUUGAUGUGGGAGGAGCACGACCGAUCGCGCUCAAGUGUCGUAAGCUGCAGAUCCAGUUCCGGGAGAAAUUGGCAGAGUUGAUCAUGGGUCUCCUGUCGGCUAAAAUGAUCAACCACUCAAGAUCUCCAUGGGCAUCGCCGAUCGUCGUGAUCAUCAAGAAGAAUGUGGUUUUUGGGGUGAAGAUGACGGAUCGGGCCCGCCUGAUCUCGGCCUUUAAUACCCCAUUUGGUCUUUCCGAGUGGAAUCGGAUGCCUUUUGGGCUGAAGAAUGCGCCGCAGAUCUACCAGCGGAUGAUCGACAACGCCAUGUAUGGGUUCACUCGGAUCCCGAAAAUGGCAGGUGAUCUGGAGCGUCUGGAUGUAUUUGAGGCGGGGGAGCCUGAAGAUCCGGGCAAACCAUCGGGGUUAGGACGCAGAUCCUAUAUCGACGACGUCUUAGUGCCAGCGGAUAACUGGGAUCAGCUAUGUGACCGAGUCGAAGAUCUUCAGGAGGCGUGCGACAAAUGGAACUUGUCGAUCAGUGUUGUCAAGCGUUUCUGGGGCAUGCCCAAGGUGGAAUAUCUCGGU